AUGAGAUGGGUCACGGACGGCGCCUCCAGGUGGUUCUCGGAGCCCGUGUCGCCUGUCAUGACAGGCGUGGCGCUGCCCGUGCCCAGCUGCGAGAGCGACGACGCGGACGCCGCCGCCCGCAUCCGGCGGCUGCUCGAGGAGGUAGACGACGUCGUCAUCUUCCCCGAGGGCACCAUCUGCCGCGAGCCGUUCCAGCUGCUGUUCGGCGCGCUCUUCGCUGAGGUCACCGACCGCAUCGUGCCCGUGGCCAUCGACGCGAGGGAGGGCAUGUUCCACGGGUCCACGGCGCGCGGGCUCAGGAGAAUGGAUCCCUACUUCUUUUUCAUGAACCCACGACCAACGUACGAGGUCACGUUCCUGAACCAGCUUCCAGGGGAGCUCACCUGCGGCGGCGGGAGGUCGCCGGUCGAGGUGGCCAACUACGUCCAGGAGGUCCUGGCCGCGGAGCUUGGAUUCGACUGCACUUGCACCAGCAAGUGCAAAAACGGGAUGGUCUCCGUCUCCGACGGUUGCGUGGCGUUGAAAGAGGUGGACUAG